CUGCACUUUAGUAUGUGUGAUAACAUUUUAAACAAAUGUUUUGGUACUAUAGUAAAUCAAACAAAUUCACCAGUGAAAGCAUUUUUGAUAUCAGCUCGUGAACUUAGCUCGAUUUUAGAUGUGCUUUGAUUCAUGCUCGUGGAUAACGGACUUUCGUGGAAUUAAUUUGAACGCGCUCCAACAGCUCCAACUGUUCUAACGGGAAUACUUUCAACGGUUCUGAGGAUAAGGGAGACUACGAUACCGGUAUUGCAGAACAAUUACUGUCUAGAAUUACUCUGGCAAUAUGGAGCUCGAAGAGGCACUCCUCAUCCCUAUCAAUCCCAACAACUUCCCCGCUAAACUGUGGCGUCUGGUGAAUAACCCCAAAAAUCGGUCAAUACGUUGGGAUCCCUGUGGUGAGGGUUUGAUAAUCGACCAGCAGUUGUUUGAAGCAGAGCUGCUGUCACCUCAGAAGCAAACAUUUGAUAAAAUUGACAUUUUUAAAACGACCAACUUCACAAGCUUCAACCGCCAGUUGAAUCUUUAUGGGUUCAGGAAGGUGGUUCAUGGCCCUGGGGCCUCUGAGAAGAAUGAUGUCUCAUCUCCAACAGACGGGAUACAGCACCACUUCCACAACCCCAACUUCAAACAAGAUCGUCCUGAGCUGCUGGUGAAUCUAAAGAGGCUGACGAGCAAAAAUAAGGCAAAGAUGGAAGCUGGUCUAGAAGUGAACUGCCGGCCUGCGGCAAAUCGUUUCCAUGUACUCUUGGCUGAUGGUGGGGAGGACAAAGGCAAAGAGAGGAAAAGAGGAGAGAAAAGAGGUUCAUUCAAAUUGUCAAUCACACUGUAUUUAACACAUAAAAGUUCCAUGUUUGUUGGUCAAUUGCACCAACCUUCUCCUUACCAACAGUACCACCAAAGCAGAACCCAGCCCGUGAAGGAGUUUGAUCGGACCCCUGUCCCACCUUGCAGCUGGAUCAUGGAUCACAAGGGUUCCUCCUCCCCCACCACCUUUUACACAGACAAGGGAAUUCCCAUGUCUGUCAUCCACCGGUUUCCUUCAGAAACGUCUUGUGCCAUGCAGUCGAGUCCAAACACUUUACAGAUCUCGGAGGGUUCCCAAAGCUUACCCAGCCUUGGGCCCAAGUUCAACUGCUUGAUUCCUCAACAUACUCAGUACCGACCCGGGUUUUAUUCUCCUGCAUCAGUGUGCCAAUGCUCCCUCCCGGGCUCAAUGAACCCGGACAGCAAUGUUGCACAUCAGACAACUCCCUCUUACUCCCAUUAUAACUAUUACCAGCCAAACUGUCCUGUGGGCUUUCUAUAUCCUGGCAUCCAAAGCCCAGACUGGAAGAGCGGUGAAAACCAGGAGACCAAGAAGAGUGAUGUCAACCUGGACACAGUCUUCCAGAUAGUGGACGACUUACACCGCAGUUCCCCCAAGAUACACAUGGUCAAAGUGGAGACACCAGAGCUCCAGCAGCUGGUUCUGGCCACCUCUUCAACAUCGGGGCCUCGGCCUGCCAUGCACAGCUCCCCUUACACUGUCACCAUCUCUUCCCAACUGGACUCCUCAGUCAAUUUGAGCUCUCUGCCUGACCCUCAAGUGAUGGAUGCAGGCCCCCGUGGACCCAUCAUUGUACCAGUCCCAGGGAUUGUUCCACAUAAAGGAAUUGACAAUUCUGUUGGUACUCCCACAGCUGAGCAGCCAGUGAAGCAGGAGGAACCGGUGCUUAUUGAUGCCUACCAGAAAGGCUCAGAUGCAGCAUUCGAGUUCAUUACCACGGUCAAGGAGAUAGAGGUGGUGGACACUGAGGUCCACAAUGUUCUGAAUGACGUCACUGUUUGCAGCCUCAGUCAGGAGAACAAGAGCGUCAGACAGCAAACUAAAUCUCCUGAUCUGGACGCGUUGGUUGAAGUGGCAUGCACACAAGAAUGUUGACCAUAGUCCAAACAGGAUGUUCCAUGUGUUCAGGUUUGCUAAGGAGGUCAAGAGAUUCUUAGAUUCUGUCAUAGGUUCUUGUUGAAAUGAUUUCAAUGUUACUCGUUUGUCACUGAUAGAAAAAUCUAUUUUUCUGAUAGUACACAUUGGACAUUGGAUGUGGUUCAGCCUUUUCUAAUUUAUUCUUAUUUGUAUAUGUUUUACAGAAU